AAGUAGAAGUACUCAGAUCUUGUACUUGAGUAAAGUAGAAGUACUCAGAUCUUGUACUUGAGUAAAGUAGAAGUACUCAGAUCUUGUACUUGAGUAAAGUAGAAGUACUCAGAUCUUGUACUUGAGUAAAGUAGAAGUACUCAGAUCUUGUACUUGAGUAAAGUAGAAGUACUCAGAUCUUGUACUUGAAUAAAAGUAGAAGUACUCAGAUCUUGUACUUGAGUAAAGUAGAAGUACUCAGAUCUUGUACUUGGGUAAAGUAGAAGUACUCAGAUCUUGUACUUGGGUAAAGUAGAAGUACUCAGAUCUUGUACUUGGGUAAAGUAGAAGUACUCAGAUCUUGUACUUGAGUAAAGUAGAAGUACUCAGAUAUUGUACUUGAGUAAAAGUAGAAGUACUCACAUCUUGUACUUGGGUAAAGUAGAAGUACUCAGAUCUUGUACUUGGGUAAAGUAGAAGUACUCAGAUCUUGUACUUGGGUAAAGUAGAAGUACUCAGAUCUUGUACUUGGGUAAAGUAGAAGUACUCAGAUCUUGUACUUGAGUAAAGUAGAAGUACUCAGAUCUUGUACUUGAGUAAAGUAGAAGUACUCGGGUCUUGUACUUGAGUAAAAGUAGAAGUACUCGGGUCUUGUACUUGUACACACUUCUCUUGUGUGCUGGUGAUACAGUGGGACUGCUGCACAGCUCCCAGUGAAAGUGAAGUGUGGCUCUGUCCCUGCUCUUCCCUGGCCUCAGGUAUUUCUCACCCGGUUGAGACGCAGAGAUGGAGGACGAGGAGGAUCAGAGCCUGGGAACCUGAGGGCUCCUGAGACAGAGCGACCACAGCAUGCUGUGAGGAGAGCUGCUCAGGAAAAAGCUAAAUCAGGUCUUUUUUUUUGUCUGUCCUCGUCUGAAUCCUGAAAGCGUGCGGAGGACCUGCUUAAUCUGCUGCACCAUGGGGGCCUCCAGCAACACGGCGUCUCUCCUCUCACGGCUGCUGGUGUUCAUGCUGUUCGUCUCCUCUCUCGGUCAGGAGGAACUCUCUGGAAACCACUCAGGUGAGGAACACACCUUUGAAGGCUCUCUGGUCGACAGCUACGACAACUUGGCCCCUCCUCAGCCAGAGUAUCCUCCCGAGCCGACUGACAGCUACGAUGAAGACAACAGGUCGGGGGAGGAAGUCUACGACCCGUACGGCCCGGAGCCCACCCAGGUGACCAUGAUCACAGAGGAGGCUGUCCCCUACGCCACCACCGCCGAGUCCCACUACGCCAAGGAGGACACAGAGACCAUGCGGGUCCCCUAUCGUCCUGCAAGGCCGGACGACGGAUCCUCGGAGGAGUCCGGAGACAACGCAGACCUCGGGGAGAGUCCGACCGAGUGCGACUGUGAGCCCGGGCAGCCCGGCUUCGCUGGCUUCGCCGGACCAAAGGGAUCCAGAGGCCUGCAGGGUAAAACUGGAGAGCCAGGAACUCAAGGCAGAGAGGGUUAUAAAGGACCCAAAGGGGUUCGAGGAAGAGGAGGAGACACCGGACCAGUGGGCGCCGUGGGAGCUGAAGGAGACGACGGAGCGUCGGGUUUCUCUGGAGCCAUGGGAGAGCCUGGACUCAUAGGAGACCUAGGAGAGCAGGGAGUGCUGGGUCUGAAGGGGGACAUCGGGAUGGAGGGACCCCGCGGAGGAGUGGGAGGCACUGGUAACGCUGGCCCUGGAGGUGAGGCUGGCUCUACAGGACCGAGGGGAGGUAAAGGGAUCAAGGGGUCUCUUGGUGACGACGGCAGCGAGGGUCCAAUUGGACGGGAAGGACUGAAGGGUCAGAUCGGAGGUCCCGGGUCUCCAGGAGACGUUGGCGACCAAGGAUACACAGGCUAUCCUGGACAGACUGGCUCGAGGGGACCAGGCGGACCAAAGGGCACUCAAGGUCACGGCGGCCUGCCGGGCAGCGACGGUGACCCCGGAGAUGACGGUCCCAUCGGAGUCCCCGGGGUGAUGGGAGAUCCGGGGCUGUUCGGAGCCAAGGGCAGUAAAGGGGUUGCCGGUGUGAAGGGACCUCGAGGCAGAGUGGGCACUGUGGGAGCUGGAGGAGAGCAAGGAGAUGCCGGAGUGCCGGGGAAACUCGGAGCGAAGGGUCUGCAGGGCUCGACUGGAGCCAAAGGUGAGACCGGACCCGAUGGAGAGACGGGUGCUGCGGGGAGGAAGGGAGUCAAAGGUGUGAAAGCUCAAAAGGGCAGCGUGGGAGACCGUGGAGACAAAGGACAGCGCGGACCUAAAGGUGCCGUGGGUCGUAAUGGCGUCUCCGGCCCCGUGGGCCCCCCAGGCCUCCCGGGCUCCAGAGGAGAGCAGGGUCCUUUCGGGGACCUCGGUGUUCGAGGCCAGGCGGGACCCAAAGGAGCUCCGGGCCCCUCCGGUCCCGGUCUGACGGAUGAGCAGGUGCUGCAGCUCUGCAGAGGCGUGGUCACCUCCCAGAUAUCCCAGUACGCCUCCUCCAUCCGGGCCAAGUGCUCCCAGGGCUGCCCCAUCAACAACAGGACCCUCAUCGGGCCCCCGGGGGGAACGGGGCCCAUGGGAUCAGCAGGAAAACCCGGAAAAGCCGGAAAGGUGGGAGCUAAAGGAGGGAGAGGAGCUCAAGGUGACCGAGGACUGGAGGGACAGAAAGGAGCGGAAGGAGACAGAGGUCAGAAAGGAGCUAAAGGCCGUACAGGUGAUGCAGGUAAAGGCAUGCCAGGACCCGACGGACCACAAGGCCUCAGAGGUUAUCACGGUCACCCUGCAGAACCCAAGAACGGCAUGGAGGGUCCUCGAGGUCCCCGAGGAUUCCCUGGCGCUGUCGGUCAGGCGGGAAUAUUCGGGAUCGCGGGAGUGCCGGGAAUUUGCGAGGCGCGGGACUGCAGCAUUCAUGCGCCGGUGAUGCGCAAAGAGCAGGGUCUGGUGAAAGGACCGCUCAGUGCUAACGUAUGAACACACGAAGAACGUCAGAGAGCUGGUGGUGUUCCUUUCUCCCCCCCCACAGUGAUCAAAUCCGGUGCUCUGUUUUACUUCAAGGCAGUUUUCACAUUGUUCAUUCAUUACCAGUCACAUUAUCAUAGGAAGGCAGAUUGAGCAGCAUUUGUUGGCUUUGAGAACUCAUUUCUAGAGAUUUACCCACACAGGUUAUCAAUUAAAACAGAAAGGGAACCGAGGAUAGAACCCUGAGGCUCUCCACUGGUGGCAGGUUUGGUAAGGAAUGGGAAACUGUGCAGGAACUAAACAAGAAAAGACUUUUACAUCUGACCCGGACACUGGUUUAGGGUUUAGGAGGUUGUAUACUUUAUAAAGAUCGUUAAACUGUUACAGCUUUACGCAGGAGCAAAGACGUCUGUUCCAUCAAACCAAAACUCCCUCGGUUGAAUUUUUGCAUCUGUAAAAAAAGUGCUAAAAUGUAAAUAUGUUGUAAAGUAUCUCAAAUACAUGUACUGUGAUCUUUAAAUGUUUGUCUUGUUGUCACCGUGUCGAUUUGUUCCAUAAGGUUUUGCGUUUCUGUACGAUGUCUUUCAGAAGAUAAGUCACAGGACAGAUCUCGGUUCCAGAUUUCUGAUUCACUGAAUGACCGUUGUGAUGAUCAGGCUUUUCAAAAUAAAGUCCAAUCUGAUUAUAA